AUCCCUAGUUUAGGGACGGAGGGUACUUGGGGACUUGGGUAAACCCAUAGCGAUUCCAUCCGUUCUUCCUUCUCCCACAACCAUGCCUGCAAAUCCUUCCCUCCUUAUCCGCCACCCAAACCUCCUCCUCACACUCUCUCUCCGCUGCUUCUCUCUCUCCCCCGCCACUCGCCCAAGUCGCACGUUUACGCUUCUCAGAACUUGUUGCUCUUCUUCCUCUUCGUCUUCGUCUUCUACAGCCAACUCCAACGACAAUGCCCGGUCGGGCCGGUCCGGUUCGCUCUCUUCUAUUCCGGCCCACGACCUUGCGCAGAAAAUCGACGUCAAUCCGCCCAAAGGCACCCGAGACUUCCCUCCCGAGGACAUGCGCCUCCGUAACUGGCUUUUCGACAACUUCAGAGAGGUUUCUCAAAUGUUCGCAUUUGAAGAGGUUGAUUUCCCGGUAUUAGAGUCGGAGGCACUUUUUAUAAGGAAAGCUGGGGAAGAGAUCAGAGAUCAGCUUUACUGUUUUGAGGAUCGAGGAAAUCGUCGAGUUGCAUUACGGCCUGAACUUACUCCUUCUUUGGCGAGGCUUGUGAUACAGAAAGGAAAAUCUCUAUCCCUCCCCCUAAAAUGGUUUGCUGUUGGGCAGUGCUGGCGAUAUGAGAGGAUGACUCGGGGGCGGCGGCGCGAGCAUUACCAGUGGAAUAUGGAUAUCAUUGGUGUACCAGAUGUAAUGGCUGAAGCUGAGCUUAUUUCUUCUAUUGUCACCUUUUUCAAGCGGAUUGGAAUCACAGCAUCUGAUGUUGGGUUUAAGGUUUCAAGCCGGAAGGUUUUACAAGAAGUUUUGCGGUGCUAUUCCAUCCCAAACGAGUUGUUUGGCAAGGUUUGCAUCAUUAUAGACAAGAUAGAAAAGGUUCCAAUUGAUGAAAUCAAGAGAGAGUUGAGGUCUGCUGAGUUAUCAGAUGAGGCUAUUGAGGAGCUACUACAAGUACUCUCCAUCAAGUCCUUAACAAAGUUGGAAGAGAAACUUGGAGCAGCAGGGGAAGCAGUUGCUGAACUGAAACUACUAUUUUCACUUGCUGAAAAGUUAGGAUAUUCUGAGUGGAUUCAGUUUGAUGCAUCUGUUGUCCGUGGUCUAGCGUACUACACUGGAAUAGUAUUUGAGGGAUUCGAUAGGGAAGGGAAGCUGCGUGCCAUUUGUGGUGGUGGGCGGUAUGACCGAUUACUUUCAACUUUUGGAGGUGAAGACAUUCCUGCCUGUGGCUUUGGAUUUGGUGAUGCUGUAGUAUUAGAACUGCUAAAGGAGAAAGGACUUGUACCAGAAGUAGGUCAGCAGGUAGAGAAUAUUGUGUGCGCUCUGGAUCCUGAUCUUCAAGGUGCAGCAGCUGGUGUUGCUACGAUUCUCAGGGGAAAAGGCCAAAGUGUUGAUUUGGUGUUGGAGAACAAACCACUUAAAUGGGUGUUCAAACGGGCAUCACGAAUAAAUUCACAUAGGCUGAUAUUGGUGGGAAGUUCUGAGUGGGAAAAAGGCGAGGUUAGUGUAAAGAACCUUUCAUCUGGUGAACAAUAUCAAAUCAAAGUUGACAAGCUAGAGUGAAAGAUCAUUUUUGGUUCCUUUGAAGCUGUUGAUUUGUUGGACUAUGUGAAUCUCUACAUUAUAUAUGUUGCUUAUCUUACUUACCACAGCCUACAUGGGGGUAAAUUUUGUACUGUAAAAUCUGAUUUGAGGCAAGCUAUCUUAUAAUUUUUCACUCGCAUUUUAGUGCAAUCAAGGUUCUUAACAUACAACAAAACUAUGGCUAGCCUAGUUGGCCACCCUUGCACACUCUUUACUGAGUGGUCAAGGGGUCAAAUCUUGUUGAAGGCAAGAAUUGAUGAUUAGUGCUCCUAUAUAGGAUUGUACUUUAUUGAUUUAUUUCUUUCAUGUAUGGGGCUAUUGCUUGAAUUGUUAUGUACUAGGCUCGAUUUAGUCGUUGCGAAUCUUACAUAAUUGAUGUAAUGUCCUGUUAUUGUAAUUCUUUAAAAAUGAAGUUUCUUAACGUACACUUUUA